CGCGCUAACGUGCGCCGAGUUUCAUCACUUCUGUUCGCCAUGGCCGCAAGAGACGGUCACCACCAUAACCAUGUAAAGAAAAUCCCUCUCUUUCCUCUCCUCUCUCUUCUCUGCUUUGCUUCCAUCUUCCUCGUCCUCUCUCUCUCCAGGAAAACCUCCUCCAAUCCUUUGCUCUCCCACCAAAGCUUCCAAUUUGGACAAAGCCCAGUGCCUGACCCGAAUGUAGCCCUAGGUGGAUCCUGCGACUACUCGGAUGGGGCAUGGAUCUACGACCACCAGCCGAGAUCGGCAAGGUAUGAUGGCUCGUGCAAGGAGAUAUUCAAGGGCUGGAAUUGCAUCUCCAACAACAAAUCCAACGGUUGGGAACUCACCAAGUGGCGGUGGAAGCCCCGGCGCUGUGAUCUCCCGCUGUUCGAUCCCGUUUACUUUCUUGAGAAGUACAGGAACACCAACAUCGGGUUUGUUGGGGAUUCCUUGAAUAGGAACAUGUUCAUUUCUCUGUUCUGCACUCUGAAACGUGUUUCCAGUGAAGUGAAGAAGUGGCGGCCAGCUGGUGCUGAUCGUGGAUUUACUUUUCUGAACUAUAAUCUUACCAUCGCAUAUCACCGCACAAAUCUUUUGGCUCGCUAUGGUAGGUGGUCAGCUAAUGCUAAUGGUGGUGUGUUGGAAUCUCUUGGAUUUAAAGAGGGUUUUAGACUUGAUGUUGAUGUUCCAGAAGGCACGUGGGCGGGUGCACCAGCCUUCCAUGAUAUUCUAAUUUUUAACACAGGACACUGGUGGUGGGCUCCUUCAAAAUUUGACCCUGUGAAGUCACCCAUGCUUUUCUUCAAGAAGGAUCACCCUGUCAUACCUCCAAUACCACCUGAUGUUGGCCUGGAUAUGGUUUUAAAGCACAUGGUCUUGUUCAUAAAGAAAAAUUUGCGACCAGGUGCUAUCAAGUUCUUUCGUACACAAUCACCUAGACAUUUUGAGGGAGGUGACUGGAACCAAGGUGGUACUUGUCAACGGCUACAGCCUUUAUCGCCAGAGCAGGUUGAAGGACUCUUCUCUCUCAAGAAUAAUGGAACAAAUGUGGAGGCACGCCUAGUGAAUUGCCACCUAAAGAAAGCCCUUAAAAGGCCUGUGCUGAAAACGUUAGAACCCGGCCUGUCCAUGCAACCCGACCUGACCAAAAAAAGAAAAAAAAAAGAAAGAAAGAAAAAAGGUUAAAGUAACUUGUGGGUUGAACCCGUUGAAACCGAUAUUCUUAUAAGUCGUAUAAGAAAAAGUUCAAUACAAGGAAUUGAAGCCAGGAGCUCAAAAACCCUAGCCUCUAUCAAGAAGAACGUCGCCAUUUGCGGUCUCUGCAGCUUCCAUCACCGGACUCUAUGUCACCAUCAAGAACAAUGUCGACGUCGAGUCCCUGCUCGAGAAAUUGCACAUGGGUGGUGUUGGCUCCACCAAGGAUCACGCUCCCCCUAAAGAUUCUUCUUCUUCUUCUUUUGAUGGGUUUGUGGUCGAAAACGAGAUAGUGAGAGAUGGCUGAGAUUUCGCAGAAAGUUAUGUUGUCGGAAACAUUUUAGGGGGGGGUUCCUAUGUUUUUUACCAAUGUACAAUGAAAAAGAUGUGUGCUUUGUGUUUUUCUCUUUGGAUUUGUUUAGUGUUUUUUAUUUUCCUGCUUUCCUGGUUUUUACCAUUGGGGUUUUCUCUUUGGUGCUAUUUGUUCUUUUCUCAAAAGAUUCUAAAGCUCGAUGCUUCUCUUUGCCUUGUGUUUUCAUGGAUGUUUGGGUCAGGUCUAGAAGUGGAAUCGAUUGGUUCUGUGUAUUGAUAUUAAUUUUGAACCGAGGUAGGCCAUGAAUUCUCGAGAAAAUGGGCUUUGUUUGUAUUGGCAGAUGUUGGGUUUUGAUCUGAUUGUAUAUGGAUAGUGGGAUUUGUAAGGAUUUUUGGAUUUGAUCAAACUACUCUGUAACAAUGGUUGUACUUUGGAACAAUGGUUGUAGCUGUAACGACUUUUAGAAUA